GGAGCCUCUUUUACAGAAUCUUAUCUGUAAAACUCAGGAGCCGAGAAGCUUUAAGAGCAGUGAGGUUGAAGGGCACAGGCUCUCGGUCCUUGGCAGCGAUGCUAGGAGGUGUGCCUAGGGACCCUAGGAUUGUGGGGAGCUGGACGUGAAGCUCUGUGGUGGAACAGAAAUCCUCAGGGCAUGAGCUAUACCUAAAAAGUAAUGGUAUUAAGAAUUCUGGUUCAGCUGUCUAUGUAUCUCCCUAGAUACCUAAAACUGACUACCUGACCACGUUUUCCCAUUGCUGAGCUAUUUCCCUCAUAUCUGGCCAUGCAACGAAGAUCAAGAGGGAUAAAUACUGGGCUUAUUUUACUCCUUUCUCAAAUCUUCAAUGUUGGGAUCAGCAAUAUUCCACCUGUCACCCUAGCAACUUUGGCCCUCAACAUCUGGUUCUUCUUGAACCCUCAGAAGCCACUGUACAGCUCCUGCCUUAGUGUGGAGAAGUGUUGCCAGCAAAAAGACUGGCAGCGUUUACUGCUCUCUCCCCUUCACCAUGCUGAUGAUUGGCAUUUGUAUUUCAAUAUGGCAUCCAUGCUCUGGAAAGGAAUACAUCUAGAAAGAAGACUGGGAAGUAGAUGGUUUGCCUAUGUUAUCACCACAUUUUCUGUACUUACUGGAGUGGUAUACCUGCUCUUGCAAUUUGCUGUUGCCGAAUUUAUGGAUGAACCUGACUUCAAAAGGAGCUGUGCUGUAGGUUUCUCAGGAGUUUUGUUUGCUUUGAAAGUCCUUAACAACCAUUAUUGCCCUGGAGGCUUUGUCAACAUUUUGGGCUUUCCUGUACCGAACAGAUUUGCUUGUUGGGUCGAACUUGUGGCUAUUCAUUUAUUCUCACCAGGGACUUCCUUCGCUGGGCAUCUGGCUGGGAUUCUUGUUGGACUAAUGUACACUCAAGGGCCUCUGAAGAAAAUGAUGGAAGCACUUGCAGGCGGUUUUUCCUCCAAUGUUGGUUACCCAGGACAGCAAUACUACUUUAAUAGUUCAGGCAGCUCCGGAUAUCAGGAUUAUUACCCGCAUGGCAGGCCGGGUCACUAUGAAGAAGCACCCGGGAACUAUGACACGUACACAGCAGGACUGAGUGAAGAAGAACAGCUUGAGAGAGCUUUGCGAGCCAGCCUCUGGGACCGAGGAAAUACCAGAAAUAGCCCACCACCCUACGGGUUUCAUCUCUCACCAGAAGAAGAAAUGAGGAGACAGCGGCUUCACAGAUUCGAUAACCAGUGAGGUGGCGUCUUGGGAAGACAUGGUCUAUUCGUGUAAUUAUUGCCCAUUUGGCUCAUUCCUGAAGCCCCUAAUUCAUUUUAAUUCAUUUUAAACAAAAGCAGAGUGCACCGGUAUUGCUCCAGACCGCUCGCAUCGCCUGGGACAGUCCUCCCAGUGGCCCCUAUGAGUCAACUCACAGCUUGCUGGGAGUGGGCCUUCUCCUGGCCUUGUUCUUGCUCAUAAACAGGUCACUUCCUCCACGAAGGGACCAGUUUCCACACUCCCUCCUCUCACUGCUGACUCAGCAAUGCCUCUGCUUUGGUCUGCUUUUGAAGACUGUGACCUUCACCAGGAGGUUUUCCUUUCACCAGUCAGGAAGAUUAGUCCCUCAUUCUGCCUGGAGAGCCCCGUGUUUGACUUGGCAGCGGGUGUGGAGCCAUCCCCGCGUCCUCCUGGCGCAUUGCCACUGCGGCUGUCCAGGAACAGGAUGUGGCUGCCUUGGCCGAAUGUUGUCCUACUCUCCCCAACCCCGACGCCUUGGCACCUCGGGCCCCUGCAUCUGGCUGGUGUUUGCAGGGCUUUUGCUUUGCUCUGGUAUUGCUCUGCCUUUAUAGAAAGUCUUAUUGAAGAAGUAUAAGAAAGGCCUAAGGUGGGGAAGACUCCUACACACACCAUUAGUAUCAGUGACACCAGCAGUGUAGGUUCCCAGCCACUUCCCAGUGGCAGCUUGUGUGCCCAGGAGAUAGGACAUCAUUUAACAAACCAGCAAAGUAACAGCAGAUGCAACAUACAGAGUACAGCAAAGGCAUUUGGUGGAUCGGUCACUAGAGAUCUAUCUUGCAGAAAGUAUGUUUUUCCUCAUAAAAGUGCCUCUUAAUUGGCCAUUGUACCAGCCACUUGUCCUAGCCAAAUGUCCAAAACAUGCCCUUGGGCCCCGCAAUGUUACAAUCCACAGAUUGUCUGUCUGAGUCAUUUAAGGCAUUUCCUGGUGCUUGUGUUCCAUGAAUAAAAGGACAAAAGUCAGAAGAUCACUGAUGUCUUACUGUCACAGAGAUAUUUUAAAAUAGAGAAGUAGGAAAAGAUUUUCCUUUUUUGAUCUACAAUUUAUAUAGUUUUCUGAUUAUGCACAUAAAAGAUAUGCCUUCCAUAUGCAUAAAGCAAACAUGUGGAAAGAAAUAUACCCAAAUGUUAGCAGGGGUCAUCUUUGGGAGUGGAGUCCAUGGGAUUUUGCUUUCUUCAUUUUUAUACUUUUAUAUUACUGUGUUGGAAGAUGUGUUUUAUGUGUGUGUGUUAAUAUAAAUUGUACCGGUGAGUCCAGAAGCUUUAAUUGUGUUAAAAUUAAAAUAGUCAAGCUAAAUGUUACUUCUCUCUCCCAAAUUCUGUAAGUUUGACUCCCGUUGCCCCAAGUAGAAGUAACUUCUUUCUUGCGUGCCACUUUUAUAGCAUUUGGUAAUUCUGCUAUAACACUUAUAUCUUGCCCCUAUUAUUAUCUGUGCACAGCUACACAAAGGUGUGCCUUCUACCUGGGAACAUGGAUUGUGAAUGACUCUGUAAUGAGGCCUGAGUCUUCGUUAUCUUUCCACUCACUCCCUGUCUCCCCUUUCCAACCCCAAAGGCUCAUUAAAUGUCAGUGUUUCACCAAAGUAUUUUUUCAGUUGUAUUAAGAGUCCAAUCACUGUAUAUGGAAGUAUUUUAUUUUUUAUUUUUUUAUAUCACUUGAGACCACUAAUAGUACUUCCUUGCUCUGUUUGACUUGUCAGAUACAAAGACAUAGGAUUAGAUUUUGGGUGGUAAAAUUGUGAUACGCGUGGCUGUUUGUGGAGUGGAACAUCUUAGUGAUGUGAGAAAGGUGAUUUUAGUUAUAAAUGUAAGCCAGUUAUUUUAGCACAACAAUAAAGAUGUUCUGGAAAUUAUUAUAA